ACGUAAACUAAAAUAUUGUUGUCUAUUUUGAUAAAUUUAUAAAAGAGUGGAAAAUUUGUUAAGACAUAGAAAGUUUAAAAUCUUCCACAACACAGUGUUAACAGAGUAAAAACAAACAGUAAAAACUUACUAGAUUCAUAGACAGAUCGGUAUAAUUUCCAGGCCUGUUUAAAGUGUCAUUUGAUAAUAACUUGAGGCGCAACGUUUUUAUACCAGUAUUAUAAUGAAAUGGAUGUUGAAGAUUUAUUUUCCGACUCGUUUGAUGAAUCUAACUUAGUGACAGUAUCUCCAAAAGAUAUAUUUGAUAGUAAACGACCUGAAAAAGAAACUGAAAAUGGAUCACAGCACAGGAAACCUAAAUCUACUAAAAUAAUUAACAUCUUGUCGUCGGUGACACUAAAACCGCCAUCAGAAAAAUGUCAUUCGGAGUCCCAAGUUUCAUGCGGUAAAAGUCCAAAACAACAGAAAAUAUAUAUAGGGAGUAAUACCCCCAUGGAACAGAAGGAAUUAGGAAGCUCCUUUAUUGAUUUAAGUAUGGAAUCUUCUAGUGACUUACUCUCUAAAUCCAGUAAAAUAAUGGAUUUAAGUGAUAUUUCUUCAGAAGAUAGUAAUUUUUCAUUAAAUGAAUUGAAUAAGCCAGUAAAAGAUGAAACUGAACUUGACCAACAAAAAGAAGGAACAGCAUAUGAACAGGUAUCAAAAGAACCAGAAAGAUCAAAUGUAAGUCCAAAACAGGAGAACCUUUUUAUUGACCAUAAUAACGCAAUGGCACAUAAUGAAUUAGGCUUUAUUGAUUUAAUGGAAGAUUCUUGUUCUAACAACUUAUUCCGUAAAACAAGUAAAAUAUUGGACGCAAGUGAUAUUUCUUCAGAUGAUAGUAAUUUUUCACUUUCAACAAAAGAUGAAGCAGAACUUGACCAACGAAAAGAAGAAAGAACACAUGAACAGACAUUAAAUGAACCAGAAGUAUCAUGUGUAAGUCAAAAGCAGCACAAAGUAAGUAUUGGUAAUACCAGCCCAAUGGAACAUACGGAAAUAGAAGAUGUAUUUACUGAUUUAAAAAAGGGAUCUUGUUCUAGUAACGUACUCUGUGAAACAAGUAAAAUAUUGAAUGCAAAUAAUAUUUCUUCAGAUGAUAAUCAUUUAGCAUCAAGUGAAAUUAAUAAGUCAAUAAACAAUAGAACAGAACUUGACCAACAAAAAGAAGAAACAACACGGGAACAGAUAUUAAAAGAACCAGAAGUAUCAUGUUUGAGUCCAAAGCAGCAGAAACUAAUUAUUGGUAAUAAUAGCUCAAUGGCACAUAAGGAAUUAGAAGAAUCUUAUUCAAAUGACCUACCCUGUAAAACCAAUGAUGAAGCAGAACUUGAUCAAGAAAAAGAAGAACCAGCAAGUAAAACAUCUGACUUAUUACAACGAACAUUAUUUGAGAACAAACUAGAAAUUAGUUUUAGUCCAUUAAAGGAAUCUCAAAGUACAACACAAACUUGUUCAUCCAGUCAGAAUAUUACUGAUUCUAAAAUAUUUUCUGAAAGUAGAAGUAUAAUCCAAAAAAAUUAUGAGGAUUUUAGUAAUAUUCCUUCGGAUAAGAAUUUAAGUGAAUCAGAAUGUUCUCAAUUUUGUACUAAUUUCCAGAAAUCAGACACCCAAAGGGAUUCUCUGUUUAUUGAAAAAUCAUUUGAUAACACAAAUAAUUGUAGUUUGUCUCCUGAAUGUCUCACAAUAGGCAAAUUAAAUGAUACAUUGCAUUUACAAAAUGCAGUAAAAACACCACAAAAUUUACCUUUAAUUUUAUAUAAACCACUAAAUCUCUCUUUCACGCAUCUAACAGAAUUAGAGAUUAAUAAAGAGUUUUAUUCAUCAAAUCAAGAAUUAUUUAAAAAUACAUGGCAAUGUAAAAUCAGUCCUAUAGGCAACGCAAUUUUGUUACAGCAUUUUAAGGAUAUUAUUGGUAUUUCUACAGACAAUGAAUAUAUUAAUAUAACAUUAACAAAUAAACCUAUGAUUGAGGAUUGUAAUAUGAAAAGCCUACAGAACAGUAAUAUUACAUUUAAUUCAGACCAAUUAAAUACAUCCAACAUUAACAUUCGCGAAGGAGCAAGUAUUAAGAAUGAACAUGCAGAACAGGUUUUAGUUUCUGAAGAGAAAUAUUUACAAUAUAAUAAUAUUACAUUUAAUUCAAAUGAAAAUGACAGUGAAAAUGCAGAAGAGAUAGCUACUUUAGAGAGAAAAAUAUUAGAGGACCAAUUGACUCUUGUCUUUAUUCAGUUAAAGGGAUUACUUAAAAACGAAGAAAAUAAAUUACCAAUGGAAAAGUUUCUAGAAAAAUUCAAACGAUUGAAAAAAGAAGGCAAACUAAUCGAAGCAUUAGAACAUUUUGGGGAGACUAGUAAAAGAAGAAAGAGGAGGAGGAAAUCUGAAUGUGAAUCAACUUCAUCUAUAAAACCUCUUGCAAAAAACCCAAAAAGUAAAACAAAAAAUGCAAAAAUUACUUCUAACACUCGUGAUAAAUCAAAAAUAUCAAAAACAGAAAUUAAUUCUAAAACAACUAAAAAAUCUAACAUUUUCGAAACAGAGUCAUCUGUAAGGCUCAGGAGUGGUUCAAGACAACUUGAAACUGCUAAAUCAAGUAAUACAAAGUCCAAAUCUAAAAAGAGAGGAAGACCAAGAAAGGAACCGUCUGGAGAUUCUAUGAGUCUUUCAGGACAACAUGAAAUCGCUAAAUUGAAUAAUAAAAAUAAUAAUUCUAAACCUGAAAAAAGAAAAAUACAAGUUGCUUUUAAACCUGAUGAUAAAUCCAAAAUUUUGAAAAUAGGACCAUUUACAGAUUCUUUUAAAAAUGGCAAAUUAAAUAGAAAAGAUAAUUCAAAAUCUGAACAAGAAAAAACAGAAAUUUGUUCUAAAACUGAUGAUGAAUAUGAAAUUUUGAAUAUAGACAAACUAAAAAAUGGAAGUUUUAAUUCUGAACCUAAAAAAGAAGAACAACUUAGUUCUAUAUCUUUACUCACUGAUAUUUUGGAAUCAGAACCAUCAACCGAGUCUUUAAGUUUGGCAGAAGAAUUUAAAAUAGAGGAAGUGAAUAAUCCAAAAAAGGAUUCUAAACCUAAUCAACCUUUAUUGAUCGAAAACAACCCAGAUUUGUCGUUUUUGCAGAAAGAUCCUAGAUUUGAGAUGGUUUUUAUACAGGAGAAAAAAAGGGGUCGCAAAAAGAAAUCACUUGACAGCCAUAGGAAACCAAUAAAUACACAAAGAAGUACUAGGCAAAGAUCUAUGAAGAUGAAUAGACAGGCAGCUUUCAAACUUGAGCAAUUCAGGAUUAGGGAUAAAAAAAAUAUGGAAAGAAUGCAAUAUUUGUCAUUAAAGGAGUGUUCCAAAAUUCCUUUUAUUGAGUUACAGCGUGAUCCAUACAUAGAAAGUCUCUGUGGGCAUGAGUUGACACCGAGUGGUAAAAACAGGGGCUUUAGAGACUUGCCUAGUAGUGCUAAAAGAAGAAAGGUGUUGUAAUAGACUCGUUUUUUUUUAAUAGUAUUAAGUAUUAGAUCUUAUGUUUAAACAGAAUUUGUUUUUUAUUUAGUUUUUUAUUUGUAAAAAGAUAUUUUGAAUAACAAAUGUGAGUUGUUAUAAAUACCAGUGUAUUAUAUAAUUAAAUAUAUAUCAA